AUGAGCGCCACUAUGAGCGUUGAUUACGAAUAUACCAAUUUGUCAUUCACGUCCGUUACAACUGUUCCACCAACAAGGAUACCGUUAAGUGACGGUAAAGAAAUUAUAUUUGAAGAUUGGAUGCUUGAUUUAACCGUUGAAGAUUUUGUAAAUGCUGGUUUGAUUCCGAUAGAUAAAGCAUUAUCCCUUACGAAGCAAUGGGAAGCUGAAGAGAGAAUGGCUGCAUCUGUAGAUUAUCACCCUCAGAUCAUUGAAAUUUUAUCUAAUCCUCACAUAUCGGCUAGAAAUCAUUGCGUAAAUUGUAAUACCACUAAAUCACCCGCAUGGAGAAGAGAUGAUCUUGGAAAACUUCUUUGCAAUGCUUGUGGAUUAUA